GUUUCGUUCUCUAUUUUUGAAUAAUAAAUUGUAUUUUCUUUUCUUCAGCAGUUUGUGAGAACCAUUCGAUGACCCUAAAGAGCCUCCCUCGUGAUUGCUCGGAAGUUUUGUUGUCAGGGGCAACGGGAAGCGGUCGUUACAUCAUCUACCCACAAGAUAACGGGGAUCCAUUCUAUGCGUACUGUGAUACGGAGACUGAUGGAGGAGGAUGGACGGUGAUUCAAAACCGCGAGGACGGAAGCGUGAGUUUCUUCCGGGACUGGAACGACUACAAGUACGGCUUCGGUAACGUCAACUCCGAGCACUGGCUCGGGAACGAUAAGAUUCAUCGCCUCUCAGCCCAGACCUACUACGUCCUCAGGGUGGAACUCGAGGACUUCGAAGGUGACCGGAAGUACGCCGAGUAUGAUUACUUCCGGAUAGGUGACGAGGAGACGGGAUAUAAGCUCCUACUAGGCACCUACCAAGGUGAUGCAGAGGACUCGCUCAGUUUCCAUGGCAACAAAAGGUUCCACACGCACGACCGGGAUUCGGAGCACCAAUGCGCCACGAACAGCAAAGGGGCGUGGUGGUACGGCCAGUGCUUCGAGAGCAACCUGAACGGGGUCUACAAGGGGCGACCUCGCCCUGCCAGCGCCCAUAACAUCAUCUGGUCUGGGUGGAAGGGGUACGAGACGGCUCUUAAGAAGGCUCAGAUGAAGAUCAGACCGGCUUCCUACCACAGCAGUGAGGCAACGGACGGUUAA